CUUCCCUUGCAGGAGUCCUGCUGGCAGAAGGUGUAAACACAACCAAACUGGGGAUCCGCCUCAUAGGCGGUGCCAACCAGUGCUCUGGGAGAGUCGAGGUGCUUCACGAGGACGUCUGGGGGACCGUCUGUGACGACCAGUGGGAUUUACGGGAGGCAAAGGUGGUGUGCCGACAGCUGGGCUGUGGGACGGCGCUAUCAGCCCCUCGGGAGGCUAAAUACGGGGAAGGGAAAGACCAGAUCUGGCUGAGUGAUGUGAACUGCAAAGGGACAGAAGCGUCCCUCGACGAAUGCAAGGCGAAGCCGUGGGGAGACAACAUCUGCAACCACGUGGAAGAUGCCAGUGUGGAGUGCUCAGGAACAGAAAUACCUGAGCCAGGACCAAUUCGGCUGGUGGGAGGCCCAAACCGAUGUGCCGGGAGGGUUGAGGUGCUUCAUGAAGAACAGUGGGGCAGUGUGUGCCAUGAUGACUGGGAUCUAAAUGAUGCUCAAGUCGUGUGCAAGCAACUGGGCUGUGGGGAUGCUGUUCUGGCCCCCACUGCAGCCAAGUUUGGACGAGGAUUUGACACUAUCUGGCUGGAUGAUGUGAACUGCACAGGCAUGGAAGCUGCUCUCUCUGAGUGCACAGCAAGGCCAUGGGGGGAACACAAUUGUUUCCACGGAGAAGAUGCCAGUGCAAUUUGUUCAGACUCGGGGAUCACCGUCUCCACUUCCGUCCGCCUGGUCAGUGGCCCACAUCGCUGCUCUGGGAGAGUCGAGGUGCUUCACAAUGGUGUCUGGGGGACCAUCUGUGGUGACGAGUGGGAUUUACAGGAGGCAGUGGUUGUUUGCCGACAGCUGGGCUGUGGGACAGCAGUAGCAGCCCCUCGGAAGUCUAAAUACGGGGAAGGGAAAGGCCAGAUCUGGCUGAGUGACAUGAACUGCACAGGGACAGAAGCAUCUCUCACCGAAUGCGAGGCAAAGCCAUGGGGAGACAAUAUCUGCAACCACGUGGAAGAUGCCAGCGUGGAGUGCUCAGAGGUGAGCAUCCCUGAGGGGAGGCCAGUCCGUCUCGUGGAUGGUCCCAACAAGUGUGCUGGGAGAGUCGAGGUCCUCCACAAGAACCAGUGGGGAAGCGUGUGUGAUGACCAGUGGGACAUGAAGGAUGCCAAGGUGGUGUGCAAGCAGGUGGGCUGUGGGUCGCCACUGUCAGCUCUGGGAGGUGCCCGCUAUGGUCGAGGGUCAGACGCCAUCUGGCUGGACGAUGUUGAAUGCAACGGGACAGAAGAGAGCAUCUUCAAAUGUCAGGCCAGGCCAUUGGGUGAACACAACUGUUACCACGGAGAGGACGCUGAUGUUGUUUGUGCAGUUAACAAGAACCUGGAGGAGCCAGAAGCACC